GUUGCCAGAGGUCAGAGGACUGCAAUCUUAGUCAGGAGGAGUCUCUUAAGGAAUCCCAUGAAUGUGUUCCACUGUACAUGUGCAUUGAAUGUGGGAUGAAUUUCCAUCAGUUACAAGAUCUGACUGUGCACCAGGAGAGUCAUUUUAGAUCCAGGCAAUUACAAAUGUGGGAAUAUUAUACCAAUGAAAGACCUUUUAGUGAUGAAGAUUAUGAAAAGCUUUUUAAAUAUUCUGACAGUCUGCUAGUACCCAAGCAGAUGCAAAAGAGAGAGAUGGCCUACAAAUGUACUCAUUGUGAAAUAAGUUUUAUCAGCCUAAGUAACUUAAAAAGACAUGAACAAAUGCAUGCUAUAGGAAAACCUUACAAAUGUAAGGAAUGUGAAAAGAGCUUCAGUCAUUUAUACAAACUCAAUAUACACCAUAGAAUUCACACAGGAGAAAGGCCAUAUAAAUGUAUGGGUUGUGAAAAACGAUUUAGUAUACUUAGUAACCUUCGAAGGCAUGAACGGAUUCAUCAUACAGGCCAAAGACCACAUCAGUGCAAAGAUUGUGGAAAACGAUUCUACCAUCUACAUGAGCUAAGUAUUCAUGAACAAAUUCACACAGGUGAAAAGCGCUACAAGUGUAAUGAGUGCCAGAGGAGUUUUGGAAAUCCAAGUAAUCUCAGAAGACACCGACAAAUCCACACUGGUGACAAACCCAUUAAAUGCAAGGACUGUGAUAGACGAUUCAUCCAGCUGCAUGACCUAAUUAUUCACCAACAAGUUCACACGGGAGAAAAACGCUAUAAGUGUACAGAAUGUGAGAGACGAUUUAGCAACCCAAGUAAUUUAAGAAGGCAUCAAAAAGUUCACUCAGGAGACAAACCUAUUCAGUGUAAGGAGUGUGGGAAGAGAUUCAUUCAGUUUCAUGACCUUGUUAUUCAUCAGCGAGUUCAUACAGGGGAGAGGCCGUAUACAUGUUCAGAAUGUGAAAGGAGUUUUAGUCGGCUAAGCAAUCUAAGAAGACAUCAACAAAUUCACCUCAAGGAAGGAGAGAGACAUCAUGCGUAUUAUGAAUCUCCAACUUCUCACAUCCAAAACCAUCAGAUGAUGUCACUGUUAGAAAGGAAUGAAAACCUAAAUGUCUUUUAUCCUGUUGAACGGCAACCCAUCAGAAGCCAAGAUCAUCUUAACCCAAACAAUACAGAGGAACCACAUCAGAAUCCAUAUUCUGGAAUACCACAACAGUGUCUUCCAGAGGAAGAAACAUACCUGUGUACAGAAUGUGGUGAGAGCUUUGUCCAACUGCAGCAACUCCUUGCGCAUCAGGAAAGUCACAAGAGAUUAAGAACCAUUAACAGUAAAGAAAGUCAGAAAAAUGUUCAGUUGACAGGAAGCCACUCUAUAUACCAGCAGAUUCAAGAAGAUGAUGAAGCAUCCUACAAAUGUAUGGAGUGUGAAAGGAUUCUAAUUGGUCUGAAUAAUUUUAGAAAACAUCAAGUUUUUCAUACUAACAAGCCUCAGCUGCUCACUGCAUCAGUACAAGAACCACUCCAUACUGGAGAAAGAGAUUACAAGUGUACUGAAUGUAAUCAAUGUUUUGUUGAUUUAAAUCAUUUCAGAAGACAUUAUGAAACACUGAGUCAUAAAUGUGGUUUCUGUGAGAAACAGUUUUGCAAUCUCCAUAAACUUACUGUACAUCAGCAGAGUCAUUUGGUUGAGAAACGGUAUAAAUGUUCUGAGUGUGAAAGAACUUUCAGUAACCAGAGCAACCUCAGAAGGCACCAAAAAGUUCAUAAUGGUGACAGGUCUAAAGCAGUUUUGAACAGAUUCCAACAGAUUCAUACUGUGAAAGGACCAUAUAAGUGUAAAGAAUGUGAGAAAACUUUUAGUCAUAUGUAUAAACUCAAUAUGCACUAUCGAAUUCAUACAGGAGAGAAGCCGUAUAAAUGUAUUGGUUGUGAAAAGCGAUUUAACAGUGUCAGCAAUAUGAAAAGGCAUCAGUGGAUACACAGUGGAGUGCGACCCUACACAUGCAAGGAAUGUGACAAACGUUUCCAUUAUCUCCAUGAAUUAACAGUACAUCAACAAGUUCAUACAGGCGAGAGACGCUACAAAUGCAGCAUUUGUGAAAGAAGUUUUGGUAAUCAGAGCAAUCUUCGAAGACAUCAAAGGAUUCACACCGGUGACAAGCCCAUAACAUGCAUGUAUUGUGAUAAAAGAUUCAUUCAGCUGCAUGAUCUUACCAUACACCAGCGGGUUCAUACAGGUGAGAGGCCGUACAACUGUACAGAAUGUGAGAGGAGUUUCAGUCAGCUGAGUAACCUUCGGAGACAUGAAUUAAUUCACAAAAGGUAGAAAAUAUAAUGUUAUGUGGUGAAAUGCCAUAUAAGUAAGCUACAUUAUUGCCUGCAUAUUCAUGCAGAGGAAUGGCCCCAAAGAAUUAACUGUAUAUUUUUGGAGUGUAGCCAUUAUUUGCUGGAGUAAUUCAAGGUUUGAAUUGCUAAGCUAAAGAGACUAGCUACAAGAAGGUACCAAGAUUACAUGAAACUUUGGGGGUUAUGUUAAAAUGACAUUUGUUUAAAUGGUAUGAGCAACAGAUGCCAUUUUUUUAGGUUUGAAGCAGCACCCCUCACAGGGAUUUAAUGAUCAAACAGAAUAAAACUGAAAACCAACUAAUAUGGCUCUGCAUCAUCUCAGUAGAGUAGAAACUGAGACAGUUGAAUAACCUAACAUCUGAACUUGUGUAGUCGUUACUCAUAGUGAAUCCAAGAAGAUUUUAAAUGAGUUCAUCGGAUGAGUUGAAAGCACAACUGCAACUGGUUAAAACUUUCUCAGAUGAUACAAGAAUGAUUUUUGGUUGUGAUAAAUGUGCAAAAGCACCAUUUAAAGCAGGAGAGUUUCAGUACCAAGAAAAUGUCAGUUUAGGACAGGAAUGUGACAUAAAAAAACUUGAGCAGGAAGGGGUGUAUUAAUUAUUUGGGAAUUGAUGAAGGAUCGGCAAUAAAACAUGAACAAAUGCAAAUAAAACUCAGUAAGGAAUAUUUCAGAAGACUAAAAUUAAUAUUGAAAAUAGCCCUAACAUCUAGAUUCCAAGCUGUAAACAGAUUUACUUUUCCAGUUUUAACUUACAAUGUUGGUAUGAUUGACUGGCCCCAAAAAGUAUUGGAUCAGUUGGACAGAAAAGCAAGAAAAUGCUUCACUGUUAUCAAAUUAUAUGUAAAAAUCAGUGUAUACCAAAAUUAUAUGCCCCCUGCUUUGGAAGGGAACUCCUUGAAAUUGAUUGUAUUUAUAGAUCGGUGAUCAUGGGACUGUAUACAUUUUUAAGGAUGUUGUCAGAUCCAAAUGUAGUGAAAGUUUUGCAAUAUGAGGAGAGGAAGUCUGAGAUGACUUCUCUACUUCAUUUAGUAAAAGCAUUCAGGUGGCAAACGGGAAUGGAAAUCACACCAGAAGCAGACAAAUAUCAGAUGGCAACUGAAUGUGCCAAAAACAAAAGAAAUAAUAUAAGUAGAAGGAUCAGAUGAGAAAGAAAGAAAUGUGGAAAAGCCAUAAAUAUAGUGACAACAAUAGAAAUCUACUGGCACACUUUCAUGUUGAUCAGGAUUUGACGCAGGAGUGGUUAAGUAGAGGUAAGUUGAAACCAAAGGAUGAAAGGUUAAUAAUGACAACACAGCAUAGUGGACUGUGUACAUGUUGGUUUACA